UUUUUAUUGGUAGCACCCAUAUAUUGCGUCUAGAACACAGAAUAAAACAGUUAUAUAUUUUAAAAAAAAAGCUGGAAUUAGACAUUAGACAUAGACUAUUUAAAAAAAAAAUGUUUAUAGAUAAGACUGAAGCCAAUGUGUACGUCUUAUAAGUCAAGGGUGAUCCUUUCUGUGCACAACUAUUCAUUGAGCUGUGAGACAAACAAUGGCGUGUAUAAAAUGGUGCAUCUUGGUUCUCGCCUUGACGUGUGCAAUCGCUGAAUGUGGUGUCACGAAGAAGAAGCUCAGGAAAGCUGCUCAAACUAAUGUCCGAAGUCUUGAGGCAAAAAAGUAUUUCAAAAGACAAGGUAAAAGUCAAAAUCAAAAUGGCUGUCUUGUUUUCGAUUCAAACGGUAGGUUUUUAUACAUCAGAUGAAGAUUAAAUUCAAUCAUUUUACAGGGUAACUUCUUACAGGUAAAUUCUUUCAGGUAAAUUCUUACAAGUAAAUUAAUACAUAUUUGGAAAAGGCACACGUGACAGUGCGCUAAAAACAAGUUAACAACAAAUCAGUGCCUCUAUGCAUAAUUACAUUUGGGAUGGUUAAAUUUACCAUUACUAGACAGGUGCAUCAAGGGUACCAAAGAGUAUAUCCCUGAAAUUUGACCAUAGGAUUACAUUUUCAUAAAUACAAUAAGUCGAUAACAUGACACUCACAUCUGUUGUGAGAAUAAAUCUGGUGCUAUGCACCGUUGCUGUAAGUGCUAUGGUAACGUAUACUCAAAGGGUAGGCCGAAGAAACGUUGAUCCAUGCCAGUAAUAGGUUUUACUUCCUCUCCACCUGACAGUGACGUGUGGUCCGAAUGAGUUCCAGUGUGGUGACGGUCAGUGUGUGUCACUCGACUGGUUCUGUGACACUGACAGGGACUGCGCGGAUGGAGCGGAUGAGGCCCACUGUCGUAAGUCAUUAUGAUAAUACAUUCCCCACGCAAUGUUCUAAUAAGAUGAGAUAAUCAAAAGGAUAAUCUUAUUUAACGAUGCCCUAAAUCAGCUCACGUAAUCAAUAGGAUGGGGCAUGAUUAGUAGGCCACAAUUGUGGACAAAAUCUGAUAAACUAUUCCAUGCUCCUAGCCACUGACUGUACAUGAUCAGAAGGACACACUUUCAACAUAUGUUGAUGAACUAUUCCAUUAUCCCGGCCCCUUUGUGUACAUGAAUAUAAUUUGAUGAACUAUUCCAUGCUUCCAGCCACUGACUGUACAGGUGAGCACCAGUUUCGCUGUAACAAUGGCCGCUGUGUGACCAGGGAGUUUAUCUGUGAUGGAGACAAUGAUUGUGGAGACAUGAGUGACGAGGUUGAUUGCCGUAAGUAGGACUAACUGCUCGUAUCCGGAAUUUGAUCGAAAUAAAUUUUGUCGACGGUAAAUUGAUCGACGGUAAUUUGAUCGAACGGAAAUUUGGUUUAAUCAAUUUUUCAGUUUUUAUAUUAAAAUUUCGUUAUAUAGUAUAGUGCGUUCAAAAAGAAAUUUGACGAAAAUUUUAACGUGUGAACUGGAAAAAAAUGAUUCGAUCAAAUUUCCGGUAACCCUAACUGCUGGGUAGACAUUGGAAUGUCGUUAGUACGACUUACUGCUGGGUAGCUUUCAAAUGGCUAAGUACGCUUAUUGCUGGGUGGUUAUUGAAAUGGCGUAAGUACGACUUAUCGCUGGGUGGUUAUUAAAAUGUCGUAAGUAUGACUUAUCGCUGGGUGGUUAUUGAAAUCUCGUAAGUACGACUUAUUGCUGGGUGGUCAUUGAAAUUUCGUAAGUACGACUUAUUGCUGGGGGGUUAUUGAAAUGUCGUAAGUACGACUAACUGUCGGGUGGCUAUUGAAAACAAUUUAAGGACCAGGUCCUUCCCUCACUUUUAACACCCUUCUUGCGAUUGUUUUUGUCCUCUCUAUAAACUUGAUUAGCAGAAUGUGAAAGAUCCAUCAAACUCGUAACGCCAUCCAGUUUCAAGUCCUCAAGUCAUCUAAAUUUGACUGUCCCUCUCUUUAACUAUGGGAAAACAUGUGUUAAUAAUUUUUGAAUCAGUGGAAAGAAAAAUAAUUGUAAUUUUGGAAUGUCAUGAGAGUGACGUUAAUUUGGGCGUCAAGACCAAAACUUCUGUGGCAAUCCACUGACCUAAAUAAAAGCCUACAUGCACAUGCAAGUUGGUAAACAAGAAAAAAAAUAAAUGAAUGUGAGCUUGGAAAACUUUUGGUUUUGAUGGUUGCAUUGUGUUUGUUAUCGCUUCUCAUUAACCUCAGCUAGAAUGAUUACAACGACUACCAGCAUUUUUUUCUUAUGUUUCUCUAUAAUUUGGGGACCCGAAACAUGUAUUGUAUGGUAAAGAUGGCAUAACUUAUGAAUAGAAUUAUUUUUUUCAUCACGUGACAGCCUCUUGAAGUUUCAUUUACAGAAAACGCGUUUCAUUUAUUUUCAUGACCAUAAAAAACUCAUCUACAAUGACGUCAUUGAAAAACUCUGGCAGUGUAUGACAUUUUGUAAUUGUGUGUGUGUGUGUAGAUAAACUGAAUUGUGCGGAAGAAGAGGUACACUGUGACGUCAACAAGUGCAUCCCUGAACUGUGGGUGUGUGAUGGUGACAACGAUUGUGGGACUGGUUGGGACGAGUCCAACUGCAGUAAGUAUAGCAGGCUAGAAACAAUACCACCACAAUUAAGUUAAGACAUUGUUAUUAUAACACUACUGCAUGGAGCUGAAGGUAAAACACUGUUACUAUAAUACCACUGUCUUAAGCUGCAUGUAAGACACUGUAACUAUAAAACCACUGUCUUAAGCUGAAUGUAAGACAAUGUCACCAUAACACCACUGUCUUAAGCUGCCUGUAAGACCCUGUCACCAUAACACCACUGUCUUAAGCUGCCUGUAAGACACUGUCACCAUAACACCACUGUCUUAAGCUGCAUGUAAGACACUGUCACUAUAAUACCACUGUCUUAAGCUACCUGUAAGACACUGUCACUAUAACACUUUUGUUACCAUCCUGCAGCUGCCGGUUCCUGUAGAGACCACCAAUUUGCCUGUGCUGACGGGUCGAGGUGUAUCCCAAACAGCUUCGUGUGUGAUGGGGGGCCUGACUGCAGCGAUCACAGUGAUGAGCUUAACUGUAGUGAGUGUGACCUUUAGUUUGCAGACAUGAAUUAUCUCUUAGAAUCAUUGGGGUCACUGGGGUCAGCGGGGUUUGGGGUAAGGGUCAUGUUUCGUACGUGUGUCAGCGUGCCAUUGUCACGCUGCACCUGAUCUCACCCCUCUACAUUCUCGAAUUAAUUUACAUUAGUUUUCACAGAUUUGUUUCGUAACUAAACUUUCUCCAAUAUAGUCAUCUUUCUGGUGACAGCUUGUGUAACUAAACAUUGUCCAAUAAUAUCAUCUUUUAACUGGCAGCUUGUGACAGCACCAUCCAUUUCCAGUGCCCCAAUAAUCGUUGCAUCCCCAUCGAUUGGAGAUGUGACAACGACAAUGACUGUGGCGACGCCACUGAUGAACUUGGAUGUCGUAAGUAUUUGUCUGAUUGGAUAAAUAGAAUAGCUAUUAAACUUUUAUUACAGAAUCGAUAGUACAUUGUCACAUAUCUAUUGGAUACUCCCCUAUCUAUUGCCAACUCACAUAUCUAUUGCCAACUCACAUAUCUAUUGCAAACUCACAUAACUAUUGGCUUCUCACAUAUCUAUUGGCUACUCACAUAUCUAAUGGCUACUCACAUAUGGCUACUCACAUAUCUAAUAGCUACUCACAUAACUAUUGGAUACUCACAUAUCUAUUGGCUACUCUCAUAUCUUUUGGCUACUCACAUAUCUAUUGGUUACUCACAUAUCUAUUGGCUACUCACAUAUCUAUUGACUACUCCCAUAUCUAUUGGCUACUCACAUAUCUAUUGGCUACUCACAUAUCUAUGGCUACUCACAUAUCUAUUGGCUACUUACAGGAUGAAAGAAAAAAAUCAGACGGCUUCCUUGUUCACAGCCACAGUUAACCUUUUUUCUCUUGUUCCCAGCCACAGCUAACCUUUGUUCUCUUGUUCCCAGCCACAGUUAACAUUUGUUCCCUUGUUCCAGCUACAGUUAACUUGUGUUCCUUUGUUUCCCAGCCACAAAUAUUUAUUUGUUCCCUUGUUCCCAGCUACAGUUAACUUGUGAUCCUUUGCUCCCAGACACAGUUAACAUUUGUUCCCUUGUUCCCAGAUACAGUUUACCUUUGUUCCCUUGUUCCCAGCCACAGAUAACAUUUUUUCCCUUAUUCCAGCCACAGUUAACUUUUGUUCCCUUGUUCCUAACCUCAGUUAACAUUUGCUCCCUUGUUCCCAGCCACAGUUAACAUUUGUUCCCUAGUUCGCAGCUUUAAUUUUUCCUACGUUCCCAGCCACACUUCACCCCAGUGAAUGUCGUGACGUGUUCCCUGUUCGAGACUGCGCCUUGUUGAAUGAAUCCUCUCAGCCUAUCUGUCAUGACCUUAUUGAUGGACACAAGUUUUGCAGGAAAUACUGCGGGCUUUGCGAUCCUCUAGCCACAACGGAAUCAACUUAAUUCCUGUGACUCAAAGAAAAUUUGAAUACCAAAUUUGUGAACUCUUCCAUGAGUGUAAAAGAGCCUACGAUUUAGUUCUAUAAACAAUUUUAUUGUGUCAUAGAAUUUUCAUAAUUUCAAUAAACAAGGAUAAUGCUAAUUCUUAAUGUUGACGAUUAAAAUGUUUUGUUUUUUAAAAGAAAAAA